GUUCCAACGUAAUAUUAUCCAAAGUUAGAUUUCUUGGUUGACGUGGUUCAACAAAAAAACUAAAUUUCUCUCUGGAUGAUUUCUUGAUUGAUUUCUUCACUUACAUUCCCAAAGUUUUCAACUUUUUUUUUUUCUUCUUCUGAGCGUCAGCCUUUUUCUAAUGGCUUCAUCUGCAUUUGCUUUUCCUUCUUACAUAAUAAUAACCAAAGGAGCUUCAACUGAUUCUUGCAAAUCAACUUCUCGAUCUUUGCCUACAGAGCUUUCAUCGCCAUGUCCGAAACCCAACAACAAUUCCCAUCUUUUGUUCUCCAGACCCAUCUCUUCCAGUCUGAGAUACCAAUCUGCCAGAAACUCGCUAACCGAUGACAAACAGGCUUGUGCAGUUGGGAGGAGGAAGAGCAUGAUGAUGGGUUUACUCAUGUCUGGUUUAAUACUUUCAGAAGCCCAUCUCCCCACAGCAUUUGCUUCAACCCCAGUGUUCAGAGAAUACAUUGAUACAUUUGAUGGAUACUCUUUCAAGUACCCUCAAAACUGGAUCCAAGUCCGAGGAGCUGGCGCUGAUAUAUUCUUUAGAGACCCUGUUGUCCUAGACGAGAACCUCUCGGUUGAGUUUUCUUCGCCUUCUUCCUCAAAGUACACGUCCCUUGAAGACUUGGGUUCCCCUGAAGAAGCAGGAAAGAUGGUAGUUAGGCAGUACUUGACUGAGUUUAUGUCCACUAGGCUCGGAGUCAGGCGCCAGGCCAACAUCCUGAGCACUUCUUCGAGAGUUGCAGAUGAUGGUAAACCAUACUACCAAAUCGAGGUGAACAUAAAGUCAUACGCAAACAACAACGAGCUAGCUGUGAUGCCGCAAGAUAGAGUUGCUCGUUUGGAAUGGAACCGGCGCUACCUAGCCGUUCUAGGAGUUGAGAACAAUAGACUCUAUUCAUUGAGACUCCAAACACCUGAGAAAGUUUUCAUAGAAGAAGAAAAAAAACUAAGAAGAGUCAUGGAUUCAUUUAGGGUCGAGAAGAUUUAGAAGAGCUCACAACCAAAAAAAAUCUUGUUGCUGGUUACUUUUAUUACCAAAACAAAAAUGAUUUUGAUUCAUUAUAUUGAGAGAUGUCAUUAUGACAUUGUUUUGUUCUAAACCGGUCGGACAAAUUGAACUAUUCAUCAAUAUAUAAACCGGUUAACAAAAUUGAGAAAUUUUUGCCGGUUAUCAGUAAA